CAGACAGGAUGGCUCCAGUGAAUCAGCCAAAGGACAAGAAGCAUGAGAGGGCACAUGAGCAUUGUCCGGAAGAGGCAAAAGCAGCUGGGAAGAGGAAACCGGACUACGAGGAACUAGGGAAUGAGCCACAAGCAAAGAGGUUGUUUGUGAGAAAAACAUCCAAACCCCCAGAGAAAAUCGGUUGGAGUGGAGGAGGGUCCGUGGUGAGAAACAACAGAGUCCUUUUCCAUCAGCUGGGGCGGCAGUGUAGCAUUGUUCAUUAUGUCUACCAGAACAUGCUGGGAGGCUCCAUUCGGGCACAGCUCAGGCAGUGUCUGCAGCUGCCCUUUCUGCGUUCUCUCGCCUCAUACCGCCUCUUUCGAACAGCAAGUCCCUUUGACAGGAGAGUGACAUGCCUGGAAUGGCAUCCAACACACCCCAGUACUGUAGCUGUUGGUUCCAAAGGUGGAGACAUCAUCCUUUGGGACUAUGAAGUACUUACUAAAACCUGCUUCAUAAAAGGGAAAGGGCCAGGAGAUUCUCUCGGAGACAUCAAGUUCAGUCCUUACGAGGCAGUGAAGCUUUAUGUGGCGUCAGGGGAUGGCACCCUGAGUCUGCAAGACCUUGAGGGCAGAGCGGGGCAGGUGAUCUCCCGUGCCCCGGACUGUGGCCAUGAGUACCAUAAUGUUUGUUGCUGGUACUGCAGUGUUGAUGUUUCUGCAAGCUGCCGUGCAGUGGUGACAGGUGAUAAUGUGGGAAACGUGGUCCUGCUUAGCACGUCUGGUGAAGAGAUUUGGAAGCUGAAAUUGCACAGGAAGAAAGUGACUCAUGUGGAAUUUAACUCCCGAUGUGAGUGGUUGUUGGCCACAGCGUCUGUGGAUCAGACGGUCAAAAUCUGGGACCUCAGAAACAUCAAAAACAAAACGAAUUUUCUUCAUUUGCUUCCUCAUGACAAACCUGUCAAUGCAGCUUACUUCAGCCCAACAGAUGGUGCCAAGCUUCUGAGCACCGACCAGCGCAGUGAAAUCAGAGUUUACUCGUCUUCAGACUGGACCAAGCCACAGCAUCUGAUCCCACAUCCACAUCGGCAGUUUCAGCACCUCACACCUAUUAAGGCAACAUGGCAUCCUCGCUAUGACCUCAUUGUAGCAGGUCGCUACCCAGACCCUAAGUUCCCAGGGUACACGGUGAACGAACUACGAACUGUUGAUGUAUUUGAUGGAAACACCGGGGAGAUGGUUUGUCAGCUCCAUGAUCCAAAUGCUUCUGGUAUCAUCUCGCUCAAUAAAUUUAACCCUAUGGGAGACACGCUGGCUUCUGGCAUGGGCUUUAAUAUUCUGAUCUGGAGCCGGGAGGAGAUGGUGGCCAAGAAGCAAGAACAUCUUUUGAAAGCCAUGACAGAACAGGGGAUUGGAAGCUGGAGUUUGUCCAGACGUGGAGGGCAGAGGCAGGCAAAUCCUGGGACAAGCAAACUCAAAGCUAACUUACUGUCUUGGGAGCUGGAGGAGAUGAGAACAAAAAGCAAUGAUUCUAAAUCACAGGGAAGGAAGCGAAAAGGGAAGGAUCUAGAGAACUGAUUUAGUAUUUUGAUCCUUUCUGGAUCACAGGGUACAAAUGCAGUGUUGGCAGUGGGCAGUAUAAGCCAUGCAGGGCAUUAGGCUUCUACUUUGUCCUUCCUCCCUGGAUCUGAUCUUGCUUCCCUGAUGCCCUUUGCUUCCCCUUCUAGAAAGUUG